AUGGCAGAGCGCUUUGAACGGAUGAAAAAGAAACGGGCAACAAUUCGCGCUUUGACAACAAAGUUGUUGACUCUGAUUGAAGUGGAGGUAAGCAAAGAUGAGCCCGACUGUGAUAAACUCCGUGACAUGCUGUCAGUUUUGAAGACAAAAGAGGAAUGCUUGACUGACUUGGACAAAGUAAUUGAAGAUGAGACUCCGACCGAAGCAUUGGAGGCGGAGAUUGCAAGUGCACAGGAUUACCAGGAUCUGAUCAUCAUGUGUAAGGCUCGCUCUACGAGACUUAUUCAAAAAACAGAAACAUCUGUGAACGUGCGGAUCCCUGGGCCAUGGCAGUCCCACCGUGGUCAGUGGAAGGAGCACUGCAAAAACAUCACCAGCAUGUCGCUCAUUGAUGACGUGCAGCUACACAAGGCGGAGAAGGCCUGGAAGCCCUCGACGAAAAAGGCCGCCAGAGGCCGAGGGGAGGAUGAUGGGACUGGAUCAAAUGAUGAAGAGCUUACCCCCGAGCAAGUCGUAACGCAAGAAACCCUGAAGCGAUUGCGCAGUAUCCUCAACAAACUCACGCCGCAGAAGUUCCUGAUUUUGAUGAAUCAGGUGAAGGAGCUGAGCAUAGACACGGAAGAGAGACUGAAGGGCGCCAUCGACCUCAUCUUCGAGAAAGCCAUCUUGGAGCCCAACUUCUCUGUGGUCUACGCCAACAUGUGCCGGUGUCUCUCUGGGUGGAAAGUCCCCACCACAGACAAACCAGGAUCCAUUGUGAACUUCCACAAACUGCUGCUCAAACGCUGCCAGAAAGAGUUUGAGAAGGACCUGGAUGAUGACGAGUUCUUGGACAAAAAGCAAAAAAAGAUGGAGGCCGCGAAAGACGAGGAAGAACGUGAACGCGUGCACAUAGAGCUGCAGGAAGCCCGUGACAAGGCCUGGCACCGCCGGCUGGGCAACGUCAUGUUCAUCGGUGAACUUUUCAAGUUGAGGAUGCUGACGGAAGCCGUCAUGCAUAACUGUGUGUUGAAACUACUGAAGAAUCAUGAUGAAGAGUCUCUGGAGUGCCUCUGCAGGCUUCUCUCCGCAAUUGGCAAGAUCUUGGACUUAGAGAAAGCCAAGCCUUGUAUGGAUCAGUAUUUUAAUCAGAUGAAAAAGAUCAUCAAAGAGAGAGAAACGUCAUCCCGAAUCCGCAUCAUGCUACAAGAUGUCUUUGACCUCAGAAAGUGUAACUGGGUGCCUCCGAGAGGAAACCAGGGUAUUAAAACCAUUGACCAGAUCCACAAGGAUGCAGAGAUGGAAGAGCACAGGGAGCAGAUCAAAAUCCUGCAGCAACUCGCGUCCAAAAAGAACAGGGGCGGAGGCAGAAUGGGAGGAGGUAUGGGCGACCAACGCCCUCACAUACCAGGAGGGGGAGAUCGUGGCAGCCGGGACCUUCCAGCCAAGCGCGAGAGUGCCCCCGCACCACCUACUCUUCCUGAACCAGCAAUGUCAGAAGAAGCGAUGGAGAAGAAGUCCACGGCCAUCAUCGAUGAGUUCCUCCAUAUCAAUGAUUUUAAUGAGGCAACCUGGUGCGUAGAUGAGCUAAAAAGCAGCAGUGCACUGUACGUGUUUGUGUGGAACAGUGUGGUAUCCACACUGGAACGCAGCGGCAAAGCUCGUGAGCUCAUGGGCACGCUCCUGUCUAAACUCAUCCUGGCUGGAACCUUGCCCAUUGAGCAGUAUUUUAAAGGGUGAGGCACUAUCCUGGAUGCCGCUGAUGACAUGGCCAUAGACAUACCUCACAUCUGGCUCUACUUGGCUGAAAUCAUCACCCCCAUGCUCCUUGAGGGUGGCAUCCCUAUGGGGCAGCUCUUCAGGGAGAUCUCCAAGCCUCUCCUACCACAAGGGAAGGCCGGUGUGCUACUGGUGCAAAUCCUUCAUUUGCUCUGCAAAGGAAUGACUCAUAGUAAGGUUGGGGCCCUGUGGAAAGAGGCGGGGCUAAAGUGGAAUGACUUCCUGCCAAAGAAUGACAACGUCAACAAGUUUGUCACUGAGCAGCAAGUGGAGUUCACAACUGGAGAGGGGCAGUCCAAGGACAGUACUAAAGAGGCACUAAGCGUGGAUGAGCUCCAGCAAGAGAUUGAGCACCUCCUCCGCGAUAAAGCCAGCGACCAGCGCCUCAAAGACUGGGUGGAGGCCAAUCUGGAUGAGCAGCAAUGGUCCUCCAACCAGUUUGUACGCGCACUCAUGACCACCAUUUGCCAGUUGGCCAUCACAGGUGACCCGUACAAGGUGGACGUGCCGCUUAUCAACAACCGAGCCUCCCUGCUGCAACACUUUCUGAACGACGAACAGAAGGAGCUACAGGCGCACUACGCCCUGCAGGCGCUCAUGGUGCAAAUGAAGCAACCUGCGAACCUCCUGCGGAUGUUCUUCGAAACGCUGUACGACGCCGACGUCAUCAAGGAGGAUGCCUUCUACAAGUGGGAGUCAAGCAAAGACGCGGCGGAGCAGAACGGCAAAGGCGUGGCUCUCAAGUCCGUCACCGCUUUCUUCACUUGGCUGCGCGAGCCCGAAGAAGAGUCCGAUAAGGAAUUGACUUGA